AUGAAGACCCCCGGAGACCGAGUCGGAAAAGAGCACUCUGUCAACCGCACGGGAAAGGAGAAGACACGCCACUCCAACAACCUUUCGGAGAGGUUCCGGACGGAUGAGAAUGGAAGAAAGCGAAGAGUCGAUAGUGGGAAUAUUAACGAGUGUCAAGAUCGAAAGGAAAACAAGUGCGGAAAGGAUGCAGAUUGUGUAAAUAUUCCAGGCGACUACCAUUGCAUACCUUAUCAUGAAAGGCAUAUUCGGGUCAUAUUCGUUUCUAUAGGUGGAGGGAUCAUAGGUGGUGUUGUACUCGUGAUCAUUGCUUUAUGGGUUGGACGCAUGUACAGAAGGUGGAAACUUGAGAAAACAAAACUCAGGUUCUACAAGAUGAACGGUGGCUUCUUGUUGGGGCAAUACAAAAAAGCAGCGUAUAAGCAUGAUGAAGAUCCACCAAUAAAAACUUUUAAGAUAGAAGUGUUGGAGGAAGCAACUAACAAUUUCAACCUGAGUAGAGUCCUUGAGCAUCUGCACAAAACUGGUAAGGAUCCACUGUCCUGGAUACGUCGUUUGAGGAUUGCUUCCGAAGUAGCUACAACCUUAGCCUUUUUGCAUUCUCAUGCUCCUAAACCCAUCAUUCAUAGAGAUGUCAAAUCAGCCAAUAUACUUUUAAAUGAAGAGGGUAGGGCGAAGGUUUCAUAUUUUGGGCUUUCAAAGUCAAUGGAAAUUGAUCAACCAUCACAUUUAACAAGUCGUAUUAGGGGCACAUAUGGCUACAUAGACCCUGAAUACAUCAACACUAAUCGCCUAAUUGAUAAAAGUGAUGUGUAUGCCUUUGGAGUUGUCCUCAUGGAACUACUAACAGGACAAAAGCCCAUAUCUUCGAGUAUUCUGAAGUACUUUUGGCAAGUCGAUUUACGAAAUCAUUGGAGCAAUAAGAUGGGUUACUUCAAAUUCUAG